AUGGUAGAGAAUAAGGCCAACAAAUUAGAUUCUAGCUCAUUAGAGGAUAAUGGAUUAGAACGCCAGCAAAGACUCUUAUCGUUUCUCUGGCCAAAGACAGUUCCACCGCUACCAAACGAAGAUGAACGUCUUCUGUAUGGGGAAAAAAGAGCUGGGAUUUUCUCCAAAGCAUUCUUUUGGUGGAUGAUACCCGUGAUGAACCCAGGAUACAUGAGAACAUUACAACCAGAAGACCUAUUUACCUUAACUGAUGAUAUCAGUGUAGAACAAAUGAGCGCACGGUUCAACAAACUAUUCAAGAAGAAGGUCGAUAAAGCGAAGAGAAAACAUAUCAUUCAAAAAUUUAAAAACAGAAAUGAAAAAGUUGAAAUAUCUGACAUAGACCAGUACAAAGACGAUUUGGAGGAUUUCACGCCACCGCAAUUCCUACCUUGGUUUGUAAUCAUCGAAACUUUUAAGUGGGAAUAUUUUGCUGCAGUUAUAUUUUUGGCAUUGAUGUAUGGUACUUCGUCUUGCAUUGCUCUAGUGACAAAGGAACUCAUUAAAUAUGUAGAGUAUAAAGCAGUAGGAGUGGAAUUGGGUAUUGGUAAAGGUUUGGGGUAUGCUUUUGGCACUGUGGGAAUGGUAGUUUUCACCGGCUUUAUGGGUAAUCAUUAUUUUUAUCGUGCUAUGCUUAUCGGGGCCAAAACAAAAGCAGUCUUAAUUAAAAGUAUUCUAGAUAAAUCCUUCAUAUUGAGCCCAAAAUCCAAACUGAAUUUUCCCCAUGCUAAAAUUACCUCUAUGAUGUCUACUGAUACGGCUAGAAUAGAUCUCGGGUUGGGACUACAGCCACUUUUACUCAUCAUCCCCAUCCCAAUUAUUGUCAGUAUUGCGAUAUUGAUAGUUAACAUUGGUGUCUCUGCAUUGACGGGAAUUGCCGUUAUUAUUCUUGUUUUGGUAUUAAUUAUGGGGGUAGGCUACUUCUUGUUCAAAUUCAGAAAAAAGGCAAAUAUAUCCACAGAUCAAAGAAUUUCAAGUAUUCGAGAAGUUUUGUAUAAUUUGAAAAUUAUCAAGUUUUACUCUUGGGAAUCUGCCUACCUCAAAAAAAUAUCUGGAAUUAGAAACGAAGAAACUAAAUGGAUAUUGAGAAUGCAGGUCUUAAGAAAUUUAAUUAUCUCGAUUGCUAUAUCAGUCAACUUGAUAUGUUCCAUGGUUUCGUUCCUUGUUUUGUAUGCAAUUGAUAGUGAUAGACAUGAUCCUGCGUCAAUAUUUUCAUCACUUACUUUAUUUGGAAUUUUAUCUGAACAAGUAAUUAUGUUACCUUUGGCUUUGGCAACCACUACCGAUGCCCACGUAGGACUACAAAGAGUGGGACAAUUUUUAGCUUCUGAAGAGUCAGACCAAACCUAUCGCAAAAUAGAAGCAAGUGGUAAGACUUUAGGAAGAAUGCAAGAAAAUAAUAUUGCUGUUGAGGUUAAUAAUGCCACGUUUAUCUGGGAAACAUUCGAUGUAAGUGACGAAGAUUCGAAAAUUAGUGACGAAAAUUCAGAUGAAUCGAAAAACUCUUCAACUACUAAUUCUACAUCAGAAAGGAAUUUAGAUGAAGAGGACAAAGACAAUGAAACACCAUUUAAAGGAUUAAUAGAUGUGAACUUAACCGUAAAUAAGGGAGAGUUUGUAGUCAUUACAGGAGUUAUUGGAUCUGGAAAGUCAUCCUUGUUGAGUGCUAUAUCUGGGCUAAUGACACGGACAUCUGGGGAAGUUAAUGUAUGUGGAUCUCUUAUAUCUUGUGGUGAACCUUGGAUUCAGAAUGAGACUUUUAAAGAAAACAUCUUAUUCGGUUCUGAUUUCGACCCAGACUUCUAUAAAGAAGUAGUUCAUGCUUGCUCAUUAGAAAGUGAUAUGGAAAUAUUACCGGCAGGAGAUAAAACAGAAAUCGGUGAACGGGGGAUCACUUUAUCGGGAGGUCAAAAAGCAAGACUCAAUUUGGCAAGAGCUGUAUAUACUAACAAAGAUAUAAUAUUACUAGAUGAUGUUUUGUCUGCUGUUGAUGCAAGAGUUGGUAAACAUAUAAUGAACAAUUGCAUUUUAGGGACUCUUAGUUCUAAAACUAGAAUACUUGCUACUCACCAAUUGUCUUUGAUUGGUUCCGCUGAUAAAGUUAUUUUUAUGAAUGGAGAUGGAUCAUUAGAAAUAGGCAAGUUCGAUGAGCUAAUUCAAAACAGUUCAGGCUUUAAAGACCUUAUGUCAUUGAAUGCGCAAGAAGUUGUCAGGGACGUAACAAAUAAUGUAGAAAAUGAUUCAAAGUUUGCUGGAGUUGAAGAUGAAAAACAAUACAUUGAAGAGCAAUUAAUGAGGCGAACUACAACAACUUCGUACAUCGAGGAUGAAAAAUCUGGAAGAAAUGGUGUUAAUUUGGACAGAAUUGAUGAUGGUAAAUUAUUCCUGGCUGAGGAAAGAGCAGUUAAUAGAAUUGAAUUCAAGGUUUACAAGAACUAUGUGAAAUAUGGAUCUGGUAUAUUUUCAAGUUUCUGUAUCAUUUUCCUUUUUCUUCUUUUUACAGUUUUAGCUACAUACUUCGAACUUUUUACCAAUACCUGGCUUUCAUUUUGGACGUCUAAAAAGUUUCCUGGUAGACUGGACAACUUCUAUAUUGGUUUGUAUGUGACGUUUACUUUCUUGGCUUUUAUCUUCCUUACGUUGGAAUUUUUUGUGUUAGCUUAUGUUACUACGAUUGCAUCACGGACGUUAAAUUUAAUGGCAGUAAAGAAAAUUUUGUUUGUACCAAUGUCGUUCAUGGAUACUACCCCUAUGGGACGGAUUUUUAACAGAUUCACGAAGGAUACUGAUGCAUUAGAUAAUGAAAUAGUCGAACAAUUAACUGUAUUGUUCUAUUUCAUCGCAAACAUUACCGGUGUGUUAAUUUUGUGCAUUUGUUAUUUACCUUGGUUCGCUAUUGCAGUUCCUCCAUUAUUAUUUCUCUUUGUUGCAAUAGCAAAUUAUUAUCAAGCUUCGGCAAGAGAAAUUAAAAGACUAGAAGCUGUUCAACGUUCAUUUGUUUAUGAUAAUUUUAAUGAGACUUUAAGUGGAAUGGGUACCAUAGUUGCAUACAAGUCUAAACAUCGGUUUUUGAACAAGAACAGUUUUCUCAUUGACAAAAUGAACGAGGCUUAUUAUUUAACAAUUGCAAACCAGAGAUGGCUCACUAUCAGUUUGGACAUGGUAGGUGCGGUAUUUGUUUUACUUGUUGCCAUGUUGUGUGUUAAUCGUGUAUUUCAUAUUAACUCUUCGUCUGUCGGUUUGUUGAUGUCUUAUAUUUUGCAGAUUGUUGGCCAGCUUUCGUUUCUUCUUAAAACACUUACUCAAGUUGAGAACGAAAUGAAUUCAGUUGAAAGAAUUUGCCAUUAUGCAUUUGAUUUACCAGAGGAAGCUCCAUAUGUGAUCACUGAAAAUUCCCCUCCCCCUUCUUGGCCAGAAAAAGGUCAAAUUUCAUUUAACCAUGCAUCUAUGGCUUAUAGACCCGAAUUACCCUUAGUAUUAAAGGAUUUGGAUGUCAAUAUUAAGCCAAUGGAAAAAAUAGGAGUCUGUGGUAGAACGGGUGCUGGAAAGUCAUCAAUAAUGAUGGCGCUAUACAGACUUGUUGAAUUGAAUAGUGGAUCUGUUGAAAUCGAUGGAAUCGACAUCUCAACUUUAGGUUUGAACAAUCUUAGGUCAAGACUAUCAAUUAUUCCUCAGGAUCCGAUUUUGUUUUCCGGGACCAUUCGAACUAACUUAGAUCCAUUCGAUGAAUAUACUGAUACAGAAUUAUGGGAUGCUUUAAAAAGGUCAGGCCUUAUUGAUGAAUCGAAAAUUAGUUCAGUUCAAAGCCAAGAUCCAAAAUCUGAAGAUUUGAACAAAUUUCACUUAUUCAAGCAAGUUCAGGAAAAUGGAACUAAUUUUUCUUUGGGUGAAAGACAACUCAUUGCAUUUGCAAGAGCACUUGUCAAAAGGACUAAAAUACUCAUUCUUGAUGAGGCUACAAGUUCUGUUGAUUACGAAACAGAUAAUAAGAUUCAAAAAACUAUCUUGAAAGAAUUUGGAACUUGUACCAUUUUAUGCAUUGCUCACAGACUAAAAACAAUAAUUAAUUAUGACCGAAUUUUGGUUCUAGAAAAAGGAGAAGUGAAGGAGUUUGAUACACCUUGGAACUUAUUCAAUACGAAGGACAGCAUUUUUGAACAAAUGUGCAGAAAAUCUAAAAUCACCUCAGACGACUUUACAAUCAAAACCAUCUGA